AUGCAAAACGAAAACAACGAUUUUUCGAAAGUACUCAUCGGUAGGAUGUGUGGUUUCGAUGACUGGUACGUGUCACUAGAAACCGAAGCAGAAGAUGGCAUCAAUAACAUUUGUCCUUACCUCCGCUGUCCGCCGCUGCCCGGAUAUAAGCAGCUGUCUAUGCGUUGUUUCUUUUCGUUUUUGAAUCAAAAGCCAUCGGAGAACUCUCGAAGAGUAACACGUGUUUUGCUGGAUCCAAACGAGAAAAAUGGAUGGCUGAGUGAUGGAACAUUGUGUAUCGAAUAUGGCUUUUGUGUGGAAUCAAUGGAAGGAUUAGAUGGAAUAUGGAAAUUCAAUUACCAUGAUAAACUUUUCGAUUGCGAUCAAAAACAGAAUAUGAUAACAUAUGAAAAUGAUAUCCCCGACGGGAAUGACGGUUUACAGUUGUACAUUCAUAAACAGCUGCUGGAAUUCCAUUCUCCGUCAUUCAAGAACGUAAUUUGCACCGUUCCUUUAUCGUAUGGAACGAAUCUCGAAAGAAUCAUAGAAUUUUUUCAAAUCUCUCAAGCAGUAAGAAUUGGAGAUUCAAAAGAACUCGCAAGCAGCCACUUGACGUUCAAAUCUCCAAUUUUCUUCAUUUUUGUAGUGAUCGCUCUCGAUGGAAAUCCGUCGGACUCUCCGCCAAACUGUCGACGAUUUCGAUAUCGUCUUCAACAAGGAGAACAACGAAAUUAG